AGCUACCCCAGUCAACCCGCGACUGCGAUGAACCCAGAAGACGACAGCGCGGGUGCCACCACCAAACACGCGACGGCGGAAGGACUCAGUCGACCUCAUACCAUCAAGCCACCCAAGUUCCAGUCCAAGCUCAAGCAAAAGAUAUCCGAAUCGAAAAUGCUACAGAUCCUAGACCACGACUUGGAAGCGAGCAACCAACUAGAUGACGACGAAGAAUUGGUGUGCGAGUCCACGAUGAUCAGUGUCGCAGCUGGCUCUGCCGAUACAGUCGAAGUAGGAUUUGAUCGGCGUGGAGUUCUCAAUACCAUUCGCUCGAUGCACAAGCAGCAGCAGCAGCAUCGCCAGCAUUCGCAUGUCAACAAGGCCAAUGUCCCCACCUCGUCCACCUAAGACUCUGCGGUUUAUAUUUGCCAAACUGAACAAGAACUUGCUGUACAUUCACAUA